AUGGACCCACAGAACUAUUCCUUCGUGUCAGAAUUUGUGUUGCGUGGACUCUGCACUUCAUGACAUCUUCAAAAUUUUUUCUUUAUAUUUUUCUUUGGGAUCUAUGUGUCCAUUAUGCUGGGUAACCUUCUCAUUUUGGUCACUAUAAUUUCUGAUCCCCGCCUGCACUCCUCCCCUACGUACUUCCUGCUGGGGAACCUAUCUUUCCUGGACAUGUGGCUGGCCUCAUUUGCCACUCCCAAGAUGAUCAGGGAUUUCCUUAGUGAUCAAAAACUCAUCUCCUUUGGAGGAUGUAUGGCUCAAAUCUUCUUCUUGCACUUUACUGGUGGGGCUGAGAUGGUGCUCCUGGUUUCCAUGGCCUAUGACAGAUACGUGGCCAUUUGCAAACCUUUGCAUUACAUGACUUUGAUGAGUUGGCAGACUUGCCUCAGGCUGGUGCUGGCUUCAUGGGUCAUUGGAUUUGUGCACUCCAUCAGUCAAGUGGCUUUCACUGUAAAUUUGCCCUACUGUGGCCCUAAUGAGGUAGACAGCUGCUUCUGUGACCUCCCUCUGGUGAUCAAACUUGCUUGCAUGGACACCUAUGUCUUGGGCAUAAUUAUGAUCUCAGACAGUGGGUUGCUUUCCUUGAGCUGUUUUCUGCUCCUCCUGAUCUCCUACACUGUGGUCCUCCUUACUGUCAGGCAGCGUGCUGCCGGUAGCACAUCCAAAGCACUCUCCACUUGCUCUGCACAUAUCAUGGUAGUGACGCUGUUCUUUGGCCCUUGCAUUUUUAUUUAUGUGCGGCCUUUCAGUAGGUUCUCUGUGGACAAGCUGCUGUCUGUGUUUUAUACCAUUUUUACUCCACUCCUGAACCCCAUUAUCUACACACUGAGAAAUGAGGAGAUGAAAGCAGCUAUGAAGAAACUGCAAAACCGACGGGUGACUUUUCAAUGA